AUGACGUCGGCUUAUAAUUGCUCCGCGCCCCCGGAUAGUAUCGAGCCCUAUGGGGAUAUUGCGGGUCUUGGGGUCAUGUACUCUUAUCUCAUCACCGGGUGGAUGGUCUGCGUGCUUGCCUUUGCCGAUAUCCAGCUCUUCACCGGCCUCGCCCUCCUCAUCAGUGGAUAUGCCAUGAUACCCAAAGGUCUCUCGUCCUACCACUGGCUCCUUGUCGUCCAGCUAGCAUGGUUUUCUUCUCUGACCCACCUUUCCAUGCUCUCGUUUUUGCGCAACUACCUUGUCAAUAACCCUAAAGCGAUGCGCAUACGAGGCUUCUUUACAUUCCCGCUGGGCGCAAUGUUGAUGGUCGGCUUUAUUUUCACUGGCUUCUUCGAUUGGGAACGGCCCGACAAUAAGCCUUCCCAGUAUACCCGAUGCCACCUUGAAGGCCCCUCUAUGGACAUCAAAUCCGAAGUAUGUCAGUUCAUGAUCAUCAGAGUCCUGCUCUUGGUCUAUUCUUACGCGAUUCGAGCAGCCAAGAUGCGGCUCGGCUGCGACUCAACUCUUCGAGGCAAAGCGAAGGGGUUCGCCCUGCAUUCUUUUCAGCCCAAACUCAUGGUACGAGUACAGAGAUUGACACGGAUGAAUUCCCCCAAGACUCCUCUCAAGACUCUGGCCCAAAAGGAAAACAUGAUCGAAACUUUGUGGCAUCUGUAA